CUUUUUAUUUUAUUUAUUUUCAAUAUAUCCGUUACGGUGAAAACGAGAUGUGGUUUUAGGGUCUCAGAAUCGCGGAUCCAGUGUUAGCAUCUGAACGACAAUGGCGAAGCAGCAGAGCUACGACGUCGUUUCCGAUUUUAUCGACUUCCUGAACGCUUCUCCAACGGCUUUCCACGCCGUCGAUGAGGCGAAGAAGCGUUUGAAGAGCGCGGGGUUCCAACAACUUUCCGAGAGGGAACUGUGGGAUCUGCAACCUGGCCACAAGUACUUCUUCACCAGAAACCACUCCACCGUUGUAGCAUUCGCCGUCGGCAAAAAGUACGUUGCUGGAAAUGGAUUCUACAUAAUUGGCGCUCACACGGAUAGUCCAUGUCUCAAACUCAAGCCUGUCUCCAAGGUGGUUAAGGGUGGGAUUUUGGAGGUAGGUGUUCAAAUCUAUGGAGGUGGUUUGUGGCACACGUGGUUUGACCGAGACUUGACUGUGGCGGGGAGGGUCAUUGUUCGAGAAGAGAAUGCAGGCUCUGUUUCAUACUCGCAUCAUCUUGUUAGGAUUGAGGAACCUAUAAUGCGGAUCCCAACUUUGGCAAUUCACUUGGACAGGACUGUUUCUUCUGAUGGAUUCAAAUUCAACAACGAGACACACCUCAUUCCAAUCUUGGCAACAUCGCUGAAGGUAAUCGUAGUGGUUACUGAUUAUUCUAUGGAAAUAGUUAUUAUUGUGAUGCCCUGGUUUAAUAUAUCAAGUCCCGCGGAUUAAAUGCAUUUAAUGUUA